AUCUGAACCUUAUCAUCGCGUCUAACCCUCUAAAGAUGCCUUAAACUACGUAGAUCGACAUAAAUAGUAUCAAAAUCGUCAACGCAAGGAAAAACAAACAAACAUUAGUUGUCGGUGCGGCAAUGGAAAACCAUUGGAUACUAUUUAUAGCGUUUUCAAACUUGCUGGUAGGUGCGAAAUGCGAAUGUGCGUUGUCGAACUGGACUCUAAGCAUGAGACGACAAGGCUACUCCGACUGCAAGCAAGGUAAAAACUACUCUUACAUACAGGGCAUCGCCCGAGGAGAAAGGGCCAGUGACAGCAAAGACGGCCUCGAGCUCAUCAGAUACGCCCAGUGCUGCCCCGCCCCGCUGAUGUGGCGGGAGGAGAAAACGGUCACGGUCAGCGGGGACUGGAAGUCGAACCUGGACAGAGACCAUCAUUGGGCGCUCUGCCCGGACGGGUACUUCCUCCAAGGGCUGUACAGGAGCGCGUCCUCCUCGGGCCGAUUGAGCAACCUGGACGCCGGCCGAUGUGCCAAGCCGGCCGGGCACCCCACGUACUACGGCCCGUGCUACGAGGAGAACACCAACUGCUGCUUCGACGCCGCCGGUCUCUGCAAGUGCAGGCGCUACUACUUCCUGAUCGGCAUCUACCGGGGCGACUGCGACAGGCUCCACUGCCUGGACAAGCUGAAGUGCUGCAUGAUGAGCGAGAACCACGAGCUGACGUAUUAGGACGGGGACCCGUCCACACAUCAAGCCUGUGGUGCCGAUACCCUCAACGAGAUGCCGCAACUGCGCUGUGUGAUUGUUCCGAUAAGUUAACAAGUGAAGCUGAACUAACACAACUGCUCUUGAAUACCUGACAGUUUGUACGUCUGCCGGAGAAAUCUUCUAACGAUCUAAAUUGGGAGGAACUUAUUCUUUGUGGUUAAAAGGGUUUUCAUUGACGGAUUUAUGUAUAUAUUUUUGAAAUUAUCUUUUUUAGGGCACAGCAGGCAGUAAGAGUAAAGUUGUUCGUUUCGAGCUUGUCAACGCCAUUUUUCUAUAACUACUACGCUUAGAAAUUUGAAUCUGUUUUAACGAAUACUUUACAACAAAUAACUACGUGUAGAGUCGGGUGUAAAAACCACUAUAGUAUCAUUCCCC